GAGCGCCGACCUGGCGCUGAGGCGGGCCGGGCCCGCGGCGGCGAUGGCCUCGGCGGCGGUGGAGGACUUCGUGGCCAAGCAGCUGUCCCUGCUGGGCCUCGAGAGGGACGCGGAGGUGCAGGAGCGCAGGGCCUGGCAGGAGAACAGCUCCCUGAAAGAGCUCCAGAGCCGGGGUGUGUGUCUGCUGAAGCUGCAGGUGGCCAGCCAGCGCACAGGGCUGUACGGACAGCUUCUGGUCACCUUCGAGCCCGGGCGGUGUGGGUCUGUGCCAGGCCUUCCCAGCAACAGCUUCACUUCCGGUGAUAUCGUGGGUCUGUAUAGCACUGGGAACCAGGAUGGUCAGCUGGCCACCGGCGUCCUGACCCGUGUCACCCCGAGGUCGGUCACCGUGGCCUUUGACGAGUCUCAGGACUUCCAGUUGAACCUGGACCCAGAAGCUUCCUACAGACUGCUAAAGCUUGCCAACGAUGUCACUUACAAGCGACUCAAGAAUGCGCUGCUCUCUCUGAAGAAGCACCACUCUGGGCCCGCGUCCUCGCUCAUCGAGGUUCUGUUCGGCGGAGCUGCCCCCAGUCCUGCCAGUGAAAUACCCCCGCUGACGUUCUACAACCCCGAGCUGGAUGCCUCCCAGAAGGAAGCCGUUUCCUUUGCGUUGGCCCAGAAAGAAAUUGCCAUCAUCCACGGACCUCCUGGCACCGGGAAGACCACCACCGUGGUGGAAAUAAUCCUCCAAGCCGUGAAGCAGGGCUCCAAGGUCCUGUGCUGCGCGCCCUCCAACGUGGCCGUGGACAACCUGGUGGAGCGGCUGGCGCGCCGGAGGCUGCGCGUCCUGCGCCUCGGCCACCCCGCCCGCCUCCUGGAGUCCGUCCAGCAGCACUGCCUGGACGCCGUGCUGGCGCGCAGCGACGGCGCCCAGGUCGUCGCCGACAUCAGGAGGGACAUGGACCAGGUCCUCCUGAAGAACAAAAAGACCCAGGAUAAGAGGGAGAAACACAACUUCCGCCAUGAGAUGAAGCUGUUGAGGAAAGAGCUGAAGGAAAGGGAAGAAGCAGCCAUGGUGGAGAGCCUUACCGCAGCCAGCGUGGUGCUAGCAACCAACACCGGCGCGUCUCCCGACGGGCCCCUGAAGCUGCUGCCCGAGGGCCACUUUGACCUGGUGGUCAUUGACGAGUGCGCCCAGGCCCUGGAGGCCAGCUGCUGGAUCCCCCUGCUGAAGGCCAGCAAGUGCGUCCUGGCGGGCGACCACCGGCAGCUGCCGCCCACCACGGUCUCCCACAAGGCGGCGCUGGCGGGGCUGUCGCUCAGCCUGAUGGAGCGCCUGGCCCAGGAGCUCGGCCCGGCGGUGGUGCGGAUGCUCACCGUGCAGUACCGCAUGCACCAGGCCGUCAUGCGCUGGGCCUCGGAAGCCAUGUACCGCGGGCAGCUCACGGCCCACCCCUCGGUGGCGGGACACCUCCUGAGGGACCUGCCCGGCGUGGCGGACACGGAGGAGACCAGCGUCCCCCUGCUGCUGGUGGACACUGCCGGCUGCGGCCUGUUUGAGCUGGAGGAGGACGACAGCCAGUCCCGGGGGAACCCGGGUGAGGUCCGCCUCGUCUCGUUGCACGUCCAGGCUCUGGUGGACGCCGGUGUCCAGGCAGGAGACAUCGCGGUCAUCGCACCCUACAACCUUCAGGUGGACCUGCUCCGACAGAGCCUCACGCACCGGCACCCCGCGCUGGAGGUCAAGUCCGUGGACGGCUUCCAGGGCCGCGAGAAGGAGGCCGUGGUCCUCUCCUUCGUCAGGUCCAACCGGAGAGGCGAGGUCGGCUUCCUGGCGGAGGACCGGCGCAUCAACGUGGCCGUCACCCGCGCCCGGCGCCACGUGGCCGUCAUCUGCGACUCGCACACCGUGAGCAGCCACGCCUUCCUCAGGACCCUGGUGGAUUACUUCGUGGAGCACGGGGCGGUGCGCACGGCCUUCGAGUACCUGGAGGACAUCGUCCCCGAGAACUACGCCCACGAGGGCUCGCGGGGUCCCGGCCGCGCCGCCGCCCCCCGGCCCGGGAGCCCCACGCUCCUCGGCAGGCCCCCGAGCCGCCGCGAGGCCCGGGCUGCGCCCCGGCGGGCGCCCGGGACGCCCGGCGCGAGGCCCCCGCGGCCCCGCGGUGACGAGGGGCGUCCGGGCGGCCCCGAGCGCCUGCGGGCCGCCAUCGCCUCGUUCCUGGCCGGCGAGGAGACGCGGCUGCAGUUCCCCGCGUCGCUCAGCGCCCACGACAGGCUGCGCGUCCACCGGCUGGCCGAGGAGCUGGGGCUGCGGCACGACAGCGCGGGGGAGGGCGCGGCGCGGCGCGUCACCGUGAGCAAGAGGGCCCCCGCCCCGCCGCCCCCGCCGCCCCGGGAUGAGCCCCGGGAUGAGCCCCAGCGGGAGCAGGGCAGCCAGGAGCAGCCAGCCACGGAGGAGCCGCCGGAGGAGAAGGAGCAGCCAGCCACGGAGGAGCCGCCGGAGGAGAAGGAGCAGCCAGAGAAGAAGGAGCAGCCAGCCAAGGAGGAGCCGCCGGAGAAGAAGGAGCAGCCAGCCAAGGAGGAGCCGCCCGAGAAGAAGGAGCAGCCAGCCAAGGAGGAGCCGCCCGAGAAGAAGGAGCAGCCAGCCAAGGAGGAGCCGCCCGAGAAGAAGGAGCAGCCAGCCAAGGAGGAGCCGCCCGAGAAGAAGGAGCAGCCAGAGAAGAAGGAGCAGCCAGCCAAGGAGGAGCAGCCAGAGAAGGAGCAGCCAGCCAGGAAGGAGCAGCCCCAGAGACCUCCGCAGAGCAGGAAGAAGAAGAAGAAGGAGGCAAAGGGACCCGGGGGCCCGGCCCUGCCCGCCGAGGAGGACCUGGACGCCCUGCUGUCCGCCGUGACCAAGGCCGACAACACCUGCAGCUUUGCCAAGUGUGCGGCCGGCCUCGCGACCCUGGGCCAGCUCUGCCAGCACUGCGGCCGCCGCUACUGCCUCAGCCACCACCUGCCCGAGGUCCACGGCUGCGGCGAGAAGGCCCGGGCACACGCCCGCCAGAGGCUCCGCCGGGAGGGGCUCCCCGGUGCGGGCGGCGGGGCCAAGGCCCGGCCCCUGGACCCCGCCAGGAGGGCCCAGCUCCAGAGGAGGCUGGACGCGAGGCUGGGCGAGCUCAGCGGUCAGAGGAGCAGCAAGAAGAAGGAGAAGGAGAGGGGGACGUGAGCCCGCGCGCCCCAGGGCGGCACGGAGGUCCGGCGGCGUGGAGGACGGUGAGCCCUGCAGCCACGCCCGGCCUCUGCAUCCCCGAGGGGCCCCGGACGGACGCGUGGGGGGGGGCGGGCCACCUGUCACCCACGGAUCGGGCCUCCACGCGGCCGUCCUACUUUGUUGAAGAGCCUCAGGA